AUGGCUUCUCUCCCAGUGGUGCUGUUUCUCAUCACCAUGCUGCUCCCGUCUUUACCCGCGGAGGCCAAGGACCCAGCUUUUACUUCUUUGUUAACCACUCAGCCACAAAUACAAAGGGAGAUUGUAAACAAGCACAAUGAAUUACGAAGAUCUGUCUCCCCCACUGCCAGCAAUAUGCUGAAAAUGGAAUGGAACCUGGAUGCAACUGCAAAUGCACAAAAGUGGGCAAAUAAGUGUACUUUACAGCACAGCCUUGCAGAAGAACGGAAGACCACUGUAAAAUGUGGUGAGAAUCUCUACAUGUCGAGUGAUCCAACUUCCUGGUCAGAUGUGAUCCAAAACUGGUUCAAUGAGAGAGAAGGCUUUAACUAUGGCGUAGGACCCAAGACUCCUACCACACCCGUUGGGCAUUAUACUCAGCUUGCCUGGUACUCCUCUUACCAAGUUGGGUGUGGAAUAGCAUACUGUCCCAAUCAAGAAAAUUUCAAGUACUACUAUGUCUGUCAGUACUGCCCUGCUGGUAAUAACUUGAGUAAAAAGAACACCCCUUACUUACAAGGAGUGCCCUGUGCCAGCUGCCGUAAUAACUGUGAAAACAAGCUAUGCACCAAUAGUUGCGAGCACGAAGAUCUCCUGAGCAACUGCGAUUCCCUGAAGACCUCAGCUGGCUGUGACCAUGAACUGCUCAUAGAGAAGUGCAAGGCCACCUGCCUGUGCGAAGACAAAAUCUACUAA